CAUGCGGUUCCAGUUCCACUUCGAGUCCAGCCGUCCAAUAUGUUUACGCUGCACGGGCAUUUAUUUAUAACCAAUUGCUGAGCUUCGCGAUGGCCGCCGCCCAGUUGGAGGAGCAUGCUCCAUCCACGGAUCUCCAUCCGGUUCGGAAUCCCAGCAGCGACUGGCGGCUGUGGUGUCGCCUGUGCGCCAAGGACGACCUACAGGGCAACAUGAAUGUUUUCCUCAAGAACGAGGACUCCAGCGAGGCAUCCUCCUUGGAACUGGCCACCGCCAUUGGCAAGUACUUCUGGGUGAAUAUAACUCGGGGUGAGGAACUGCCGGAGAUGAUAUGCAAUGAGUGCCUCUCGCUGGUCACGUCGCUGGUGAAUUUCUCGGAUCGGAUCACCCGUGUGCAGAAGCUCUACUGCAUACUCCAGAGCACAUCCAGUCAGGAGACACCAAAUCUCCAGGAGCUGCGCUCCAAGUUCGGUCUGCUGGACGAUGAGACGCUGAUGGAGGUACAUUAUGUGGACAAGAAGCCAAAGCUAGAUGAACAACUUGAAUUCCUACCGGAGGAGUCGGCUUACGAGUUUGAGAACCCUCUAACUCCGGAGGAAAGGCAGGAAAAGGAGCAGGAGGAUCAGGAGCAGGAACCGCCGGAGGAGGAGGCAGAGCAGAAGGAAAGCGAGGAUCAGGAUCCAGACUACGAGGCGGAUGAAGAUGCUGUGCUGCUGAAGCUGUGCGAUGCCUAUGGCAUCCAGGAGGAGAGCUCCUCCAGUGGCAGCAUGAGCGACUCCUCGCCAAGGCAAGAAAAGGCUGGGACAGGAGCCUCAGACUCGGCCAAACGACACCAGUGCAGCGAGUGCUUGCGAACUUACGCCACGGCCAGAACCCUGCAGCGUCACCAGCGGCAGGAUCAUGCCCAGACUGAACCCUCCUCAGAGCAACUGCAAUGUCCGGAUUGCCCCAAGAAGUUCCGCUUUCACUACCAGUUGGACCGUCAUAUCGAAUUUCAUGUUCCCCUGCGAAAGCGAAAGCAAUAUUCCUGCAAUAACUGCGACAAAAAGUUCGCCACCAGUGCGUCCGCCCAGCAGCAUGAGCAGUACAUGCACCUGGAUGAGCGACCGAGGCCGGUGAUUUGCGAGCAAUGCGGCGUGGGUGUGCACUCGAUGAGCGCCCUCAAGGAACACGUACUGAAGCACACAGACUAUGCCCCCUUCGAGUGUGAGGUGUGCAAGAAGUGCUUUAAGUCGGCCAAUCGACUGAAACACCACAAGGAGACGCACGAUCCGCAUAAGUACAUCUGCCCGGAAUGCGGCAUGCAGCUGAAUUCGAGGACGACUCUGAAUCGCCACCGGCUGGUGCACACGGAUCAGAUGCAGCACAAAUGCGACUACUGCGGCAGGGAAUUCAAGCGGGCCAAGGCGCUGAAGAACCACCUCAUCCUGCACACUGGGCUCAAGCCGUACUCCUGUGACUUUUGCGAUCGCACCUUUGCCAACGGCUCCAACUGCCGCACGCACAAGAAGAAGUCGCAUCCCGAAGAGCUGGCCGCCCAGGAGGCGGCGGGCGGUGGAAGGUCUCAUAACCGAAAUAUACCCAAGCUGGAAGCCCUCAAGGCAUUCACCAAGAACAAGGAUAACCUGUCGCCGGUGGCCACCAAACAGAGCGGCUGUUUUGCAUUCGGUAAAAAGCCCAAGCCAUCAUCCAUCAAGGAUAAUGUCAAUCUUACUCCAGCUUCGAAUCCCGCGCCUCCUCAAGAUGCUCAGCCUGAACCGGCGUCCCAAACCGGAGAAGAAAACAUAACCCAGCCCGAUCCCCCAGCAUCGACCAUACCAACGAUAGACAAUAUUUAUAACCACAUUAUGAUUGACUAUCGCUGAGGGGGUAACUCAACUUUAAGUUUCAUUGGCAAUAUGUAAUAGAGCACGUUUUCCGAAACCAAGAAGCACCCUUGCUUGAAAACCACACGUUUUUAUUUUCAAAUUCUAAUAUGUUAUUUUAAAAUCUGUUUUAAUAUUAAGUUAAGUUGAUUGUUUUAGAAACAAAUUAAGCACAAAU